AUUUCAAUGCCUUGCUUGCUAUAAAGCCAUCCCAAUUCCAAAUCUCCAAUGGAUUCUCUUUCUUUCUGUUGUUACUUGGUCGAUUUCCCGAGAAACUAACGCUCGUAUUUUCUCUCUCGUUCUCUCCCUCUUUGAAGAUCGUCUCGAGUGAUCUCCUUAGAGGGAGGGAAAUACAUGUAAGGAGCUAGACAUAGAAAAUGGAACCCCCAAUCAGAAACUACCAUACCCUAACUUUUCCAACAUUCGAGAAGCCGCCAUUGGAUUCCGGUGGCAGCCGUCAUCUUCGAGAAGGCGUAGGGUUGAUUCUUUCUCGAUGGAGGGCACUGCAAUUGGCUGUUCAGAACCAAUGGGGAGGCCAUGACUCCCUUCAGAAGUCCCACCAACUAGCAAAUGACGUCUUGUGUUGGUUUUUACAUUGCAAGGGGCGGCUUCAUGUGGAGGAUCUCGAGAAUUUGUUGCAUGAAAAUCUCCUGCUCAAUUUCAACACCGAGAUCGAAGACGGCAGCAUCGAGGAGGUGGCAGAACAGCUGAUGGUGAUGUACGAAGAACACUUGCACAAGAACCAUUAUCACAAACCCUAAUUUAAGGUUUCGAUAAUACGAGUUUCAGCUGCUAGAUCAGACGAUGCCAGGCGUGCUGGCCUUGAUGAUAUCUUACGGGUUGUAGCAGGACGAUUUUGAUUUUGAUUUUUAUAAAAGAUCACAAUUUUUGUAAUACAAGAUGUCGCUUCGUGAUGAAUCUGGGCCGAUCGAGUUGAUGUUUAGAUGAAAUGCGGCCGGAUGC